AUGGAAGGAGGCUCCAAUUCCAUAGCCAAAAGAUGGAAGGAGCUAAGCGGGGAAACCAACAACUGGUCCAACCUCCUCGACCCUCUCGACGCCGACCUCCGCCGCUACCUCAUCCACUACGGCGAGAUGGCUCAGGCCACCUUCGACGCCUUCAACUCCGAGCCCAAGUCGCCCUACGCAGGGGACUGCCGCUACUCCAUGGAGAAUCUCUUCGCCAAGGUCGGCCUCCCCGCCGCCGCCUCCAACUACCGGCCGGUGAAGUACUUGUACGCCACGUCACGAAUUCCGAUCCCCGGUUGCUUCCUUCUCAAGUCACUGUCGAGGGAGGCCUGGGACAGGGAAUCCAACUGGAUGGGGUUUGUUGCGGUGGCGACCGACGAGGGGAAGGCGGCGUUGGGGCGGAGGGACAUUCUUGUUGCGUGGCGGGGGACGGUGCAGGGGCUUGAGUGGGUUGAGGAUUUCGAUUUCCCUCUGGUUUCGGCGGCGGAUGUAUUUGGGGAAGAAUGUGGAGCUAGGGUUCAUAGAGGAUGGCACUCGAUCUACACGUCGGAUGAUCCCAAGUCGCCGUUUAAUAAAACCAGCGCCAGGAAUCAGGUUAUCACCGAAGUGAAGAGACUAGUCGAGAAGUACAAGAACGAAGAGAUCAGCAUCACAAUAACAGGGCACAGCCUUGGCGGAGCAUUAUCCGCUCUGAACGCGGCAGACAUUGUAGCAAACGGCCACAACAAGAGCAGUAUGGUCACCGCGUUCGUCUACGGCAGCCCUAGAGUCGGAGACGCCAACUUCCGCGACAUGUUCCAUUCGCUGGAGAAUCUACACCUGCUGAGAAUCAGGAACGCGCCGGACAUAAUCCCGAUCUACCCGCUGCUGGCCGGAUACGCCGAUGUGGGAGUGGAGCUGGCGAUGGACACCCUGAAGUCGAGCUACCUGAGGUUGACGGAAGGAGGGUUCGUGACGUGGCACAACUUGGAGGUGUAUCUGCACGGAGUUGCCGGGGUGCAAGGUGGAGACGAAAGUGGGUUCCGGCUGGAAGUCCGGCGGGACCUGGCGCUGGUGAACAAGAGGACGGAUGCGUUGAAGGAGGAGUUCUUGGUGCCGGGGAACUGGUGGUGCGCGAGGCAUAAGGGGAUGGUGCAGCAGAGUGAUGGGUCGUGGAAGCUCGAUGGGCGUGAGUAG